AUGGCACCCUCAGCUACCCAGACAGAAGUCUCCGGCCUCGGAGGCAAGGUAAAGUCGCAGCAUGAGCCUACCCCUUGCGAGGCCAUCUCUCAUGGCGACCUUCUGCCAGGUAUCCCCAAGUUCCCUUCGUUUGCCGAGGAGAGGAGGCAUAUGUUGGUUCAUAUGGCCGCCACGUUCCGAUACUGGUCUCGCCACAACUAUACCGAGGGCCAAUCCGGUCAUAUUUCUAUUCGAGACCCCGAAUUCCCAAACUUGAUGUGGAUGAACCCCCUGAGUCGCCACUUCGGCAUGCUCACUGCUGGAGAUAUGCUCCUCAUCGACAUGGGCUCUGGCAAAAUCGUCGCUGGACGUCCAAACCCGACCACGAAUGCCCGCACCGCCAACCGUGCAGGAUUCUUCAUCCACACGGCUGUCCACAGAGCUCGUCCCGACGUCCACGCCAUAUGCCACGCGCACACCAUCUCCGGAAGGGCAUGGUCGGCGUUCGCCAAGCCCCUCGACAUGAUCACCCAAGAUGUCUGCAACUUCUACAAGACCCACGCAGUUUAUGGUAACUACGGUGGUAUCGUGUUCGGCGGCGACGAGGGUGAAAGAAUUGCGGCUGCGCUGGGGACAGAUAAUAAAGCUGCCAUUCUUAUGAGUCACGGUCUCAUCACUGUUGGCCAGACUGUGGACGAGGCUGGAUUUCUGUUCAGUUUGCUGGACAAGUCAUGUGCCAUCCAAUUGCAGGUUGAGGCGGCCUGUGCUAAUGGCCAUAUGAAGAAGGAGAUUAUCAGUGAUGAGGAGGCGGCAGAAAACUACAAGAUGGCUAGCGAGGCCAAUGUUCUAUACAGGGAAGCUCAAGCAGAUGUGGAGUUUGAGAUUGCCGCUGCUGGUGGAGAGCAUGUGCUUGCAGAAGGGUUUGAUGAUCUGAAGAUAAUCCAAUAA